AUGGUCGUUCAAGACAGCAUGAGACAUGAAGGAAAACUAUAUGAGCCAGUGCCGCAAGGUUGGCCCACUGACGUAGCCACAUUGAAGGACUCGUCUUUACCAAAAUGGCAGAACAUCCUUCUGUCAAGCAGCUUGUUUCUCAUACCAGCACCAUUUAUAGUACUCGCAGUGUACAUAAUUUCUCUCAACCAGCAACCUGAGUCGCAGCUCGGAAGUCGUGUUAUGGAGGCUGCGAGCAUUGCCGCAACGUUGUGGCCCAUCGCGUUUGCAGCUGUGCUUGGUACGGUGUUAAGAAGUGUCGCCCUGUACAGUUGCGAGAGAGGGACAACACUUGGUACACUUGAGAUCCUACUUGGCAGCCUUACACUGACGAAUACACUCAAGUCAUUCUUCUGGGUGAAGUUGUUCAGCUUUUGGUCUCCAAUCCUGAUGUUGGCCUGGACUUUGAGCCCCCUAGGUGGUCAAAGUGUGCUUCGUGCUGUGGCUCUGCAACCUGAAAUAGCAUCCUAUUCUUUUCCCAUCAUUUCCUACCCGUCCACCCAAUUUAGCGCCGGAUUUGAUGAACUGCCAGCUUUGUAUGCACUACCUUUCGGCCUACGAACAAUAUUCGGAGCAGCAUUCUCAUCGUCAGCCACCCGUUUAAUGCAUGUCAAUGGGUCGAGUUCCAAUUUUGAAGAGGCCUUGGAACAGGUUGGCGGACCCGAUGAGGCCAGACGGCUAUGUAAACAGGAUGUCUGGGGUAAUGUGCGGCUUCCCUAUUUGCAUUUGCUCGACGGAUACGAUUCCAACGACCCCCACAAAUGGGUGUAUGUUCCGAAUGACACGAUCCCUCCCUAUGAAGCCCUUGUCGGGAUACCAAUCCGUGGAGUACCAACCAUGCGAGCUGGAAACUCUACUAUGAUGGUCCAAUCAUCAUAUAUCUCCUUGUCGUGCAAACCAUGGAUCAAUGGAACCGCUUGGCUUCAAGAUAAUAUAUCACAGCUGGUUUUGGCCGAUUCUAUUGUCUCUGAAGGCGCCAUCGGUCUCAACUACCCCAACCACUCCUUCUUUCAAGCUUACCGCGAGAGUAGGGAGUCAAUAUUCGGCUCGCCAAAUGCUCCGCCGAAUUUCCAGUUGGACAUGGUUAAGGACAAGUAUCUCAACGAGACUUGGAAAGGUCGCAAUUCUACAGUCCUAGAUACAAGUCGAGAUCGACCGCUGAAGCAAAACUUGGCUUUCUUCGCCGCCAGUGUCAAUGACUCUAGUGAUAGAUUUUCCUGGGGUAUGACAACAUGCAGCCCCAGCACUUCCUAUGUCGAUGCUGAGGUAAAAUGCUCUCGGUCCACUGACUUUGGAUUCCUCUCAUGUUCCGUUGAGAGACUGCGACACACAAAAGGACACACCGUCAGAGCAAAUACCACUGUUUUCUCAUUUGCAUAUAACCUUCCAGUACUAGCAUGGACCACUCGCCUCAUUCCCGACCCAGAAGGAGGGCAGAACGACUUACUCAACCUCUUCUUUCGAGAUCCAACCCUAGCUCGUCCAAUUGGGGAAUUCUACAAAUUCACAGAGUUUAUUACACCACCACCAUUGGACAAAGUACCGUUCAAAAUCUUUGAGGCCAGAUUGGGAGCCAUUCUGAAUACAGUUGUCAGAGCUUCCUUCGAGCAGUCCAUCAUUGUUGGCGCUGAUGGGAUAUCGCCAUCCUCAAAAGUCAUGUCAGACAGAUUCAUCAACAACACCAUCACUCCUCUUGCAGAUUGGGCCAAUAGCACGGGAACGUGGACUGAAUUUGACGGACAGGUCUACAAGGUGGACUGGCUCUGGAUGAGUCUUUAUGGCAUAUCCUCCUUGGCCAUGAUCAUCUUUACUAUUGGGCACGUUGCCUUGCAGUGCAAAAUCCGGAGUCCGGAUAUAUUGAGUAGUGUUUCAAUGCUGACAAGAGACUCGACAUACUUUGCAGUUCCGGAUGGUGGCAGUAUGCUGGGAGGUAUUGAGAGAAUUCGGAUGCUGAAGAACGAGCAUGUAAGGAUUGGGGACAUCCAACCGCAGUUUGAUAUAGGCAAAAUUGCAUUCAGUAAUUGGAAAGGUACUGCGGUGCUUGACCGUGGACGGAGAUAUAUUUGA